AUGGCGACAAGUCGUGACAACUCCUCCCCGGAUCAUGAACGCUCCAUCCAUUCGCCAUCACCGCUCCGCGAAGGCCGCCCGAACCCGAGAUUGUCUUCACCAGCGCCUGGACCGUCGGCUGGUCCCUAUGGCAGUGGUUCGCAGCAGCGCUCAGUUGCAGAAGUUGUACAAGAACAAUUCGAACCUUUCGAUCACCGGACGACUAUCGUAGACCCCUUCGAGGAGGAAAACAAACGGGAAGCGGAAUUCCGAGAAAAACUGAACAAAAUGCUGCUUGACCUGACGAUCGAGUUCCACGCAUGGUCCACGGCUCGACCUGCAUUCGAGACGAACGAAAACCUGGAAUCUCUGGAAAAAGAAAUCAACUCGAUCAUGACUCUCGAAAGUGAACAAGGCAUGUCUCUACCAUCGCCUCUCACCUUCAUCGAGAAAACUCGACAGCGUCUUGGCGACUUCGUGAACAGGGUCAAGUUAGCACUCGCUGCUUUAACAGGAAUGGGGAUCUAG